AUUAGCUUGUUUUGGUGUUGUUUUAAAGGCCAUGAAGGACAAUGAUUUUGGACCAUAACUAUUUUAGUACUUUGUGGAUUAUCAUAUUAUUUCACUUUGGCUAUUGCAGUAUUUGUAAUAAAAGAAAUGUUUAUACUAUUAAUCAUUUUAGACAAAAAUGUUAUACAAGUGAAUUGAUUACAGAUUUUAAAGAUUGGACAUUUCCUAAUUCAUUCUCACUCAGUAAACAUUUUCCAAUAGAUCUAGAAGAAAGAAAUUAUGUUAGGAAAGUAAAAGAUGUCCUGUUUUCAAAAGUAUAUCCUACGCCAUUGAAAACACAGGUUCAACUGGUUGCCUUUUCUAGUGAUGUUCUUUCUAAUGUACUAGAUUUAGAUAGUUGUGUAGCAAAGCAAGCCAAUUUUGUUAAAUUUGCUAGUGGCUCAUUUCUUCCUAGUGAAUCUAUACCAUUAUCACAUCGCUAUGGAGGACAUCAGUUUGGCUAUUGGGCAGAUCAGCUUGGUGAUGGUCGAGCUGUUUCUUUGGGAGAGUAUUUAAAUAGAUAUGGUGAUCUAUGGGAACUACAAUUGAAAGGUUCAGGCAAAACUCCGUAUUCCAGAAGGGGGGAUGGCAGAGCUGUUCUGAGGUCAUCUAUCAGGGAAUUUCUUUGUAGUGAAGCUAUGUAUCAUCUAAAUAUUCCAACGAGUAGAGCUGCUGCUAUUGUUGUCAGUGAUGACGAGGUGCCAAGAGACAUGUUUUAUGAUGGUCAUCCACAGAUAGAAAGAGCUGCUGUUGUUCUCCGUUUAGCGAAAUCUUGGUUUAGAAUUGGAUCGCUAGAAAUAUUAGAAAAAUCUGGAGAGAUAGAACUUUUGAAACAAUUAGUAGAUUUCAUAAUUAAGCAUCAUUUUCCAUCUAUAAAUGAGGGAGAUGUAGAUAAAUAUGUUGACUUUUAUUGGAAUGUUGUGAAUCAGACAGCAUCUUUAAUAGCCUUAUGGCAGAGUGUAGGCUUUGCACAUGGGGUUUGUAAUACUGAUAAUUUCAGUCUAUUGUCAAUCAUAAUUGAUUAUGGUCCUUUUGGAUUUUUGGAUGAAUACAACCCAGGUUUUGUUCCGAAUACUUCAGAUGAUGAAGGUAGAUACAGUUAUGAAAACCAACCAGACAUCGGUAAAUUUAAUUUAAAGAAGCUACAAACAGCUAUAUCACCAUUAUUAACUGAAAAACAAAAACAGUCAACAGAUGAUGUGCUCAAACAGUAUUCUGUGAUUUACAAAACUAAAUUCAUGGAUAUAUUUCGAAGGAAAUUGGGUUUGAUCACAGAAGAAUCAGAUGAUGAAAACCUUGUUGCAAUUCUUUUAAAAAUGAUGGAAGAAACUGGGUCAGAUUUCACCAUGACCUUCUGUAACAUUGGUGAAAUUUCUCUUAACAAUUUAUCUAAAAAUAAUAUAUCUAAAAAUUUAUGGGCCUUAUUUACGUUAAAGAAGCAUAAAUGGUUCAAGGACUGGAAAAAUAUGUAUUUGGAUCGAAUUAAAAGACAAAAUACCUCUGAUAGACAGAGACAAAUACUGAUGAAACAAACAAAUCCCAGAUAUAUUUUAAGAAAUUGGAUGGCUCAACUGGCAAUAACAAAAGCUGAGAAAAACGAUUUCUCUGAAGUGAGAAAGAUUCUCAGAAUUUUAACUGACCCUUUUUCUAUUCAAAAAGAAGCAGAAGAUUCACACUACGCUUUAAAACCACCAUCUUGGUCAAAACAGUUGAAAGUUAGUUGUUCAUCGUGAAUAAAUUAGAUUAUUUGUACCGGUA